GGUCUCAAACUAGAGCAAGAGCAUGAACAAAAAUCAGUUACAUAUACAUUACAUAGUACUACUACAUCAGCUUCAUAACAUAACAUUGUUGUAUACACAAAUCAAAGUACUUAUUUUGAUUGAAGAUGGUUCCAAUUUGCGUGCAAUGUGGGACGACGAGCAACCCUUGCCGGUGCAAGGUGGUGGGGCCAACACUCGGAUUCCUGGCGUUUGCGGCGGCGGCGGUGGUGGAGUGGCCGGUCGGAGCUCUUGUGUAUUGCUUUAAGCACAUGAAAGGUCGCAAAAUAAUGGCUCAUCCCGCUACUGUUAUCUACCCUUCAGUCACCAAUGCCAUCCCCAUCUAAUUAACUAUUAAUUACUUUCCCUAUAUCAUAAUAAUAUUAUUCUUAUAGAUAGUUUUUGUGUAUGACUGUAUUAAUCUAUGUUCUUCUUUUACUGAGUAAUAUAUUAUUAAUAUAUAUGUAUAAGUAUAGCCCUUAUGAAUUAUUUUUCU